CACGCAACGACGCUCCUCCUCCCACGACGCAGCAACGCAUCACGCUCCGGGAUCUCUCUGCACUUCAUCAUUAUCACCAUCAGUGGCAGCUCUUGAGCUUCACCCAUCGAAAUUGGCAUGGCAUCGACGACGCUCGCAUUCUCACCAGACUCUUUGCAGCGCACCGACAGUAAAAGCAGUCACAGCAGCAGCAGCGCCAACAGCGACGGCAGCAGCAUCCAGACUUCGCCCUCAUACUCAGACUCCAUCCUCUCGUCCAACUCGCACCUCUGCACGCCAGUCAGCGCAGCAGGACCCGGAUUGCCUCUCCACGCAGUUCCCGCCGCCAACGCAGUCUUUCACUCAAUGGAGGCCCUCAACAACCUCGCAAAGCAGCAUCAACAGCAACAGCAGCACCAGAUGACCAGCCAGCAGCAGCAGCAGCAGCAGCAGCAGGACCCGGGUUCUCUGGCAUCAGCACUCGACUUCAUGAAUCAGCAGAAGCGCAGCGGUCAUGGCAGGACGGACUCGACUUCAUCGAGGAGGCACAGUGUCCAGGCUCUCAUGCCUACGGCUGGCUCGUCUUCUCGCGACCUUGACCUCGCCUUCUUCUCGCAAGCCUUCCUUGACUCACAGAGCAGCGGCACCAACAGCGCAACGAACUCAUCCAUCCUCUCCACGGGCACCAGUUCCGGCAACACCGCCACGGAUGACUUUGACUUUAUGACCUCUUUCACGAACCAAGACCCUUCCGAGUUCCUCAUGUCGCCACCUAGGCUCACUGUCAGCAUGUCGGGAGACGGGCAGUCCGAUCAGGCCGCCCACGCUGCUGCAGUCACCACUGCCAAGCGUCACCGUCUUGCCCCUACUGACGGCAGCGAUCCCUCGGAGCGCCUUUGCAAGAGCGUGGGUCACAGCCCGCUCAUCGCUGACACCGCGACGCUGGCCUUUGAGACACCGCAGCGACCGGUCCACCAGGUUCAGCCUUUCCUUGGCGGCCACCGUCUCUCCAAUGCCUCGACGACGAUGCAGACCCCGUCGACCGGCGGCUCAUCAUCAUGCGCCUCAACCCUCUCCCUGGCUAGCGAGCGAUCACGUCGCUCCUCCAUGGACAUCCACGCCGGAUCCCCCGGCAUGAACCGUCUGACCGCCAACAAUAUGAUGCGGAGCCUUUCGCACGGCGACUACCCGACGCCGCCAAAGUCUGCCUCACCCACCAUCACGGGCUUUGCUAAGUCAUCACCGAUCCUCAACAAGAACGGCGAAGUCUGGCCCGAUGACGUUGAGGUCGCCUUCUGGGAGGCUCUGCGUCUGAUUCCCAAGCUCGGCAGGCGCAAAGUCCUCGUCAACGGCAAGCCAUGCGGACGCAACGAGCUCAUCGCCGACUACAUCGAGCGCAAGACCGGCAAGAUGCGCACGCGCAAGCAGGUCUCGAGCCAUAUCCAGGUGCUCAAAAACAUCAAGAAGGACGACCCGGAGUUCCAGCACCUCAUUGCUGAGCCCGUCACAGAGGAGGACUUCUACAUGCCCGCUGGCGGAAUGAUGUACGCUCAGACCUUGGCCGGCUACGGCUACGGUGGACUUGGUGGGCCCAACCCUCUCCUGACGGACAGCCCCCAGUCUGGCCUCCUGUCGCCUUACUCCCCUUACCCGCAACAGCAGCAACUGGGCCCUUCGCCCAUCUCGACGCCCCUCACUGCCCAAUUCGACCGCCUGAACACCACCAGCACGACACCUUGCCCCAUCGUGCCGGCGACCUUUUCCAUGUGGGCUCACUGCUCCGACUCGGACGACGUGCACCUCUACACAACGCUCGAGCACGGUGAGAUGGCCCUGCCUACAGUACCCCUCGACAUUCCCCGCCUGGGUCCGUACCGCUUCCCGCGCAUGAACGAGAUGUUCCAGCGCCUGCCCUGCCAGUUCCUGCAUGUGCAGGUACCCAUGUCAAUCCCGCGUCAAGACGUCAUGCUCCCCAAGUUCGAUCGCUUCUCUACACAGCUGUCCCUCACCAGCAACACCGAGUCGCAGCUCACCUCGGUCACCACCGUCUACUCCCACGGUAAGCGCGUACUUUCCCUCGUCGAGCCCCUGGAUGCCCCCCGACGCAUCUCGCCUCCGGGCCGCAAUGGCUCAGACCAGAUGCCCGGCUCCCCCAUGCCUGGCAAGCACCGCUUUGUCCACCAAGCGCCGUUUGCCACGGACUUCUGGGCAGACUUCCUUAGCCGCAAUCACCCAGUGCACGUCUACCGGGGCCGCAAUGCUCGUCAGUCCUUCUGCAAGGAGCCCUCUGAGCGUGCCGCGUUGGGAAUGGCCGUAUCUGGUGUGACCAUCAUCCAGGAGCUCGUCGACGCCGGGUCUGCCCCGCAAGAGGACGGUGCUCGCCUCCUUCCCGAGCACGCCGCCGCUCGCGUCAGCCCCGGUAGCACCAUCGGUGACGUUGUGCUGGUCAUCGCCUGGGAGCUCGAGUGCGUCGAGGCUCUCGGUGGCAAGCCUGGCCGCCCCAUCGUUUCCCUCGUCUCCGAGCCGGCACAGCGCAUUGCCCCUACGCCGCAGCAGCAGUUUGCCAACUACUCGAUGGCCGCACCUCCUCAGCAUCAGCAAGUACAACGCCAGCAGCAACAUCAGGGCUUCCUUCAGGCUCCCGCCUCCGCCCCUCUCCCAACCUCGGCCCUGCCCUCUACGUCGAGCCAUUCAGGCCCCACCCUGUUGAGGAAGCGCGGCCUCUCACAGACGAAGCCCAACCUCAUGCUCAACAUUCCGCCCACAACCAACCCCAUGCGUACCAUCAGCGCCAGCCCGAACGCGGCUGUGAGCCCGAACGCCUUCGCCUGGGGCGCUAUGCAGCGUCAGGCUAUGCACUCGCCCCUCACGCCGGCGCAUGCCCUCGUUGGCACCCCACUGGCGCCUCCUGCGCCCUUGUCUGACGAUGAGGCGCGAGCUCAGGGCGAGCGACUCAGUCGCGCUUGGGCUAACUCGGCCGCGCAAGGGCUCCACGAGUUCGCUUCGCCCAUGGCACCUAGCUUCCCUUCACCGCUCCCAGCGGACAUGAUGUCUACCAUGAGCAACUUCGGGCUUGAGCAGAGCGGCAACGGUGGCACUGGUGGCGGGUUGGGUGGCUCUUUGGGCCUCACCUUCGACCCGGACAACAGUGUUGCCUCGGGCGGCUUGGCUCCCAACGCCAUGGCCAACGACUCUUUCGGGAGCUCAAUGUCGGGCGGCGAGGACGACGCCGAGACGAAGGCCUUCAUUGACAACCUGCUUCAGGGGAUCGGCGCAACCGUACCCCGCGACGAGGCUGCGGCGCACUAGAGUAGAGUCAGAGUAGAAAGAUCCCGGACAGACGCAGUUCCAGAGACUCAUCAUUGUAUUACUAGCAUUCAAGCAGACCCAUCGCACCGUGCUCCCUACCUUCGAUUCAUCACACCUACCCUUGUUCAAAUUCUGGCGCCUGGUCGCCCGUCUCUUGUUUCU